CUCGCGUCACUUGUGGCUCGUGGCUCCGCUCUCAAAACAAAACAUCAUUCGGCAGGGAAAAACACUUAAAACUGACGUCGCGCAUAUCUUCAAAACCGUAUGAUGGCCAACCCAGCAUUCACUUUCGACUCUCCGCUGCUCAAAGCAAACUCCUGUUACAGGCUAUGAGGGACAGCUCUUUUUGUGAGAGACACGACGUCCCAGGCCAGCAUGUCGAUGCGAAAUGAGAUGAUCAGGCGGUGGAAGGAAAGACGCUCGGCUUCAGGUACCUCGACCCUCACGGAUGCUUCGGCUGCAAUUACUCGGCCUACGACUGCGGUCGAUUCAGAGGCAGAGGCCGAAUUUCGCAAUCAUGCCCUGCCCAAGAUCAUUGAAGGUGCCGUCGUAGCCGCGUUCAGUAGCGACAACUUCCGGGAAGCCGUCGCGUCGAUGGUUGACCCAGCCUUCACGAGGCAACACGAUAAAUUGAACCAGCUGAAGUUAGCGAACUUGAAUUUGGAGUCCUUGCUUCAAACACGUCUCGAUGAGCUCCCUUCGUUGUUGCAGCCGGCUAUAGAUCACAUGACCUCUAUCGAAGUCCCUGGCCAUGAAAAGGAAUUGGAAAAGCUGGCGGCAGGACAGGAUGGAUGCCUCCACUUGCUAGAAGUGUUCAGUGAGAAAAUCGGCGGGAUUGAGCAACAGCUCCAAGGUUUCGACGGACGAAUGAAAGCUCUCGAAGAGAAGGUGGUGAACGCUGAUUUGAGAUCAGCCAUCCGGUUCGGGGAGAUCUCGAACGAGCUCCAGGAUCGGAACACCACUCUGAAUGACCGGCUUUGGGAACUGGAAAGAGAAGUGGGCGGGAAGGUAGACGGGCAACAGCGACGAAUUGUUGGACUUGGCGAAGACUUUGGAAAAGGAAUACGGAAAAUUCAGGAGAGAAUGUCGGCACUGGAAACAUUGCAAUCUACCCAGAAGGGCGAGGGCUCAGUCUCCAAUGACGAUUUAUUUGAAAAAAUUGAGAAGAUGGGCAAGCCGUUAUCGAAAUUAGACGCCAUGGAAAGCAGCCUGCGACGAGACAUUCACGCCCUUAGUUCCAAGGUCUCCUCAUUGGAUACUUCGUCUCUUGAGUCUCAUCAUCGGAGACUUGAAGGGAUUGAGAGAGCAUUGUCGGGCAUCAAGGAUGAGAUUGCUACUCAAGGAACGCUUGCCUCCCUGGAUUCAAAGCUUCUGUCUGUCAAUAAUGCUCGCCUCGACACUGUUGCAUCCAAUGUGACCAAGCUUGGCUUCCUGCUCGAGUCCGUCAAAGAACAAGUGUUUGAUGACGAAGCUGCUCAGUCACACGCGGAGAAGCUGGAGUCCCUCCACCUGAAAAUGGUUGACCUAAUCGGUGUCAUUGGCUCAGUCCAGAAGCAUGUUGAUUCUCUUGAUACGUCCGUUCUCACAUCCCAUUCCGAAAAGCUGGAGGUGCUUGAGUCAAAGAUGGCAGAACUGAUUGGCGGUGUUGGGACUGUACAGCAGCACGUCAGGUCUCUGGAUACAUCCGCACUCACAUCCCAUUCGACACAAUUAGGCGAACUAGUAUCAAGCCUGACUCGAGUUGAGGAGCAGCUCAAGCUUAUCGAUACAGCCCCUCUCGCAUCCCAUUCGGAACGACUUGGAGACCUUGCAUCAGACAUGGCACUCGUUCAGAUGGCUCUGAAGGAGGUCGAUACAACCCCUCUCUCUUCACAUUCCGAAACACUGUUUGAAAUCGAGGCAAGGAUUGCAGAGAUGCGAGAGAGCAUCGACGGCAAGCUUUCAACGCAAGCCGAAUCGUUCGACAUCAUCAAUGGAAAGAUAUCGUCGCUUCCGGAGGUGGCCAAAGUUGAUUCUAUCUUGGCAAGCCUGGAAGACACCAAGUUAGCAACCUCAAAUGGUAUUGAAACUCUCUCAAUUACGGCCGAUAAGAUCCUGGACAACUCCACCUCAACCCAAGCUACCCUCUCAUCCCAUUCCGUGACACUGCAAAGCACCUCACGGGAAUUGGCGGCAUUCCGCACCGAAAUCCCAGAUACUCUGAAACUGCUCGUUUCCAAGCUGGAUGAUAUCAGGUCUCAAGUUGACUUCGGAGAUGACACGCUCAGUUCCACGAUUGCCAAUAUGAGCGAGGAGUUUCAAAAACUCAUUGCAAUGGUCAGCAGUCAAGGAUCUGAGACCAGUGCAACACUGGCAAAGAUCACUUCAGCGGCAGAAACUUCCGAUUCGAAUCAAGCUGCUGCAACGAAACUUCUGAGUGAGAAUGUGGGUGGAACUCUUGGUGGUAUUCUGAGCAGCAUCCAAGGAAUACACGGAAACCAGGGAGAGAUCCAGAAGAGCAUUCAGGAAAUGCAUGAAAGCACCAUGUCCGAGAUACGGCACAAGGAUGCCAGUAUUCUGGCCGAGGUGCAGAAAGCAAAUGCUUCGCAUGCGGAGCAUUCAGCUCGAUUCGAGGAAGCAAAAGCAUCUGCUGAUGCUCAUACGAAAGCUUUGGGAGACGGAUUUGCAAACUUGGGAACUGUUGGCAGGGAGUCACACGCUCGCCUCGACUCAAUUUCUACGACUUUGGACGUGGCAAAGAUCUCAAAUGCAGCGCACGCUACCGCUUUGGAUGCACUUCUCACUACACAUAAACAGCAUUCAACCUCCUUAGACGAGCUUCAUGCUACUUCCACUCAACUUCUCAAUGGCCAAGAGAAGUCAAUCCCUUUCGCCGAGACUCAGUUCUCCGCCCUUGUUGCUCUCCACGACUCUGUUCCCAAGAAAGAAGACCUCGAAACUUUGCGAACCCAUAUUAGCACCGUUUUAGAAAUUUUGAGAAAGCAUAGCAGUGCUUUAGAAGGCGUUAGUACAAGCGAAUCCAUCUCUUCGCUGUCGAAGCAAAUAUCAGAGGCACGUGAUCUCAUUACCACCAGUACAGACGAUGUACAGAGCGAACUCAAGUCUCUGAAACCGCUCCUGGGAGCUCAAGAGUCUCUCACAAAUGAAGUGAUGGCCGAGAACAACAAUGUCCGGGAAAGCGUGGCCGAAGUGCUCGAGGAGAUCAGAUCGAAUAAGGCUUUGAUGGAGGAGCAUUCAUCGUCGGCUAGAACCGAAGGGACUGCGAUCAUGGAAGGCAUCCUAGGACUCAGAGUCUUGUCGGAGGAAGCAAGGUUGUCUUCAGAAUUGGCAGAAGUCAGAGCCUUGGUCCAGGAUGUGAAAGACGGCGCCAAAGCUGCCGAGGCUGCACUUCAAGCACAGCUCAAAUCCGUCAUCGACAAUGGCGAGAAUACCUCCAGCUCUUUGACCGCAACUUCGCACUCAAUUAAAUCUCUCAGAGAGUCUUUAUCUCCAGCGCCAGUUCUCGAGCGUAUUGCGAACCUGAAAGCACUGGUUGAAGAUAUUGACGUUAAUCUCGCUUCUGUAACCCCCGAAAUUCUUGUUGGUACAAAGUCAAUCGAGCAUGCGAUGAUGUCUUAUGCACGCACAAUCAUGGAGAUGAAUAGUCAUAUUCAGAUCGUCAAAGAUGAUCCAACAACCUCCUUGAUCUUGAGCGAGAUUGGGACGAUCAAGGAGACUGAGAGGAAAAACAUGGAUGCACUCCUUACAAUGAAUGAUAGCCUGGGCGGCGUUGGUGGAAAGAUCAAGGAUAGUGAAACUGCAAUUUCCAAAUCACUUCAAGAGGUACAGUCCGCAGUUUCGCAAGCCGAAUUGUCGAAGAAAACAGAAAGUGAUGCUCUGGCGGCUGAUCUCAGCCGUCUGGAGACCAGCUUAGCGACCUCAACAAAUGAGCUGCGAGAAGCUAUGAAAGUUGUCGAUACUGUGGUCCAAGCAAACGAACAGGCUAUUGGAUUAUCCCACAGCAAACUGUCUGAUGUCCACACCAUGGCGUCAAGAAUAGCCGCAGAUAUGACUGGCCUCCACACAGAGCAGUUUCCAAAGCUCAGCCACGACAUCCAAGCCAUUAACCUCAGCAAACUGAACACUGCUGUGGCAACAACGGAGAAGGAACUCAUAUCCAUCACUACCACCCUCGACGAGCUCACGCAACUUUCAAGAGGUCGUGACGCCUUGAUUUCCUCGAUCGACGCAAAGGUCACCCAAACCAACGAUACCACAACAACGGGCAUGACAAAACUACAAAGCUCAAUUCAAUCCAUCGACACCACACUCACCCAAUCAACCCAAACCUCAACCAAAACGCAGAACCUCUUGCAAUCCCACACUCCUCUCCUCGAAACCAUCAACUCCUCCCUCGCCUCAAGCGCUGCAUCCACCACGAACACACUUUCCGCCCUCUCCACCACCCUAGAUUCCAUCUCCACAGAACUCAACACCGUCACUCCCGCCGUGCGUAUAAACUCCGCCGCCAUCUCGCGGGUAGACCGUGCUGUCCUCGAGACCGGCGCCCAAAUCAAGAGCGUAGUCCUUGACGGCUCCGCCAAAACAUCACGAGAGAUCGACGCCGCACUCGAGCAAAUCGACGAAUCGUUACACGACAGCAACACACGACUGAUGGGUAUUUCCGACUUCGAGCUCCCAAGGAUCGAGCAAGGGGUCAAGGAGUUAGAGGGCUUGGUUGAAAGGGAACUUGAUGGCGGGGUGCGGGAGACGAGGCGGAAUGGGAGUAUGUUGGGCGUUAUCGGUGCCCGGGUUGUGGGCACGCAGAAGUUGUUUGAUGAGAUGGUUGAUAGCCAUGAGCGGAGGGCGAGGGAGGAGGGGCAUGGUGGUGGGGGCAGGAGUUUGGAGGGGAGUGGCGUGCUGAGUCCUGGUGGUCUACAUCUCGGCGCGGGCGGGAGUCUCGCGCAUGGCAGGGGUGAGUUUAGAAGGCUGGGGAGUAGUAGGUUUAGGAGCCAUAGUAAUGCGAGUAGUGGGAAGGAGACGAGCGGGAGUGUGGUGAAAGGGAACAAUUCGUGAUAAAUGUGCUGUGAUGGCUUUUCUUUUGUUGGUUUGAGAGUUGGAUCGGGAGGAAAACAUAUAUGUGGAUGGGGUUUGGCGUCUGUUUAGGGGGAAAUGAUUUUACAUAUCUACUACUAGAUACAGACUUUUCCUUCGCGCUAUGAGAAAACCUGGUCAGCGUGUCAAAUAGCAAGGUACCUAACAACCGGCAACAGGCGUGAUAUUUCCCCGUCCGCCAUCGUCUGGUAGAAAAUCAUGUCUACCAGUAUUUGAACAAAACUGGCAACUAAUAGAAACUUAUAUAUGACACUUGAAAUAAAGGUUUAUUUGACCG